AAUGGGGGUUGCCAAUCACCAGGUAAUACAUCUGGAUGUCUCAGUGGAAGGGGAAGAAAGCACCAGAAAGUUGAAAGCUUAAGAUGAAGGAUGCAGCAGAAGCGAUUGACAGUAGCACUAGCCUGUAAGGUGGACUUAUGACCGAAGAAGAGGCAGUGCCCUGCACUGGAAAAACCAGACCAGAUGUAAUUGUGUUUGCCGUGUACUAUGAGAUUUGACCGGAACACUGUGAGUUGGAACAUUUUGCACAGAUCAGAAACACUGUGAAAUAAGAAAGUUUGUGUUUUUUUUGUUUUUUUUUUUAAAGCAUACGAGUAGGAAAAGAAGUCAAAGUGAUCAGUCAUGAGCAAUGAUGUGGAAGUGAACACUAUGGCACCAGAGAUGCCUGCCAUGUUUGACGGAAUGAAACUAGCAGCAGUGGCAGCUGUACUGUAUAUUAUAGUACGCUGUCUAAACCUGAAGAGUCCAACAGCCCCACCUGAGCUCACCUACCAGGAUACACCACUAAAUCACUUCAUAUUGAAAUCCUGCUCUCUUCUUACCAAAGAAUACAUUCCUCCACUUUUAUGGGGAAAAAGUGGACACCUACAGACAGCACUUUAUGGAAAAAUGGGACGGGUUAGUUCACCACAUCCAUAUGGUCUGCGCAAGUUCCUUACAAUGCCAGAUGAAGCCACUGCUACCUUUGAUCUUUUUGAGUCUUUGUCUGACCACUGUACAGGAGUUGAUGUCACCAUGGUCAUUUGUCCAGGAAUAGGCAACCACAGUGAGAAACAUUACAUCCGCACUUUUGUAGACUAUGCUCAAAAACAAGGUUACAGAUGUGCUGUCCUAAACCAUUUGGGAGCUUUGCCUAACAUCGAGUUAACAUCCCCACGUGUAUUUACUUAUGGUUGCACUUGGGAGUUUGGAGCCAUGGUGGGCUACAUUAAAAAAACAUUUCCUCAGACACAGCUUAUUGUAGUAGGCUUCAGUCUGGGAGGCAACAUUGUCUGCAAGUUUCUGGGAGAGAAUCGCACUAAUCAAGAAAGAGUAUUGUGCUGUGUUAGUGUUUGCCAAGGGUACAGUGCUCUAAGAGCACAGGAGACAUUUUUGCAGUGGGACCAGUGUCGGCGAUUCUACAACUUUCUUAUGGCAGAUAACAUGAAGAAAAUCAUUCUCUCACACAGAGGUAUGCUCUUUGGUGAAAGUGCCAGCAAGAGGCCAAAGAUGAUGGAAGAUGCUGACCUAAGCAGACUGUACACAGCCACAUCCCUGAUGCAGAUAGAUGAUAAUAUCAUGAGAAAAUUCCAUGGUUAUGAUUCCCUGAAAGAGUAUUAUGAGAAGGACAGUUGUGUAAAUUACAUUCACAAUGUCAAUGUGCCAUUGUUGCUGGUAAACUCCGCUGAUGAUCCAUUGGUUCACCAGUCAUUGCUAACAAUUCCACGUACACUAGCAGAAAAGAAGGAAAAUGUAAUAUUUUCCCUUACUCUACAUGGAGGCCACUUAGGAUUCUUUGAAGGGGCUGUUCUGUUUCCACAGCCACUUACCUGGAUGGACAAGGUUAUUGUACAAUAUGUGAAUGCUAUUUGUCAGUGGGAGAAACAUAAACCACAGUGCCAGAGUGGAAAUAACAGUGAGCAGGACUGCAGUGAGGAAGAAAGUAAAUGCUAAUACUUGUUUAGUGCCGCCAGUGCACUCCACACUGGCUUCUGUAACAUUCUCCAUGUUUUUUUUUUUUCUUUCUUUCUUUCUUACAAUUCAAUAUUUUCUAAUAUUCACAAGCAUCACCUUUUUCAUUUCUCAGUAUUAUUCAACUAAAAGCACUUGCAGGGCAUUACCUUGGUACAGAGAUUUAACUACGUAAAUAAAUGCUUUAAUACUGAAUUAGUUUGAGACAUUUAUCUAGAUACUUAUGGGGAUAUGUAAUAUAAGACUUUUGUACUGAAAUAUAUAAAUUUUAGGUUGGAACAGCAGUGAGUCAGCCUUCUAUUAAGCAAGGGUUGUUCUUCAUCUUAUCUGAAAAAAAAACAGAUGCUUUAUGUAAAAUCUUUGCAGGUUAAAAUCACAUUGUUCUGUCCAAAGCAUUUUGAGCAUUUUCAUGUUUUAGUGCUUUUAAGGAUGUGUUAUUUAUUGGAACUGCAGGGUUUGUUUAUGAUGAUGAAUUUGCCCCUUACAUAGUCUACACUGAUUGGAAGAGGCUUUUCAAAUAUGAUGGAAUAUUUUAUGUUGUUGGUUCUUUUCUUGUAUUUAUUGUUGAGUACAUAUGUAAUGUUAUGGUCACUAGAACCCAUGGAGCUACUGCAGCACUUGUCCUUUUGAAGCACAGGAUAGUUUAUAUAUGUCUGUGACAGCUAGUAAUAUUACAGUGCUGGUUUAUUACGUAAAUAAUUAGACCAUGCUGAUGAAAGUCAAGGUUUUACCUCUUAGCUGUGGCAAGCUUGAAGGAAAAUACGCCUUUUCAUAUUGGCUAAUAAACAAAACACCCAAAAUGUGUUUACAUUCAUAGCUGUCAUUAUGUCAGCUGUGCCCUACAUGUAUAGCUGUUUUAAUAUCAAUAUCUGAUAAAAAAAAAAUUGUCUUAAUGUGUAUCAGAUGUCAUAUAUUUGGAGUUUGUGUAACCUACUAUAUACUGAUUCUCACCCACUCAUUAUAAAACAUUCCUAACAAGCUGUUAAAGAAUAAAUGUUUUUGUUGUGUAUUCCACAUAAUGCAGACACCAGGUAUCAAGAUUUCUUAUUUAACAAUCAAAGACACGGCUACUUCACAAUUUGUUGGUGGAUUCAAACCAGUUUUUCUUUGUUUUUUGAUCAUUUUGUUUUUCCUAAUUGAGUAAAGGUUACUUUUUCACCAGUGAAUCUUUCACCGCAAACAUUGUGAGUAGAUUAUUGAAGAGGGAAGAGGUAUAAUUGAAAUGCAUCUGCAUUUUUGACGUAUCUUAAGUACCUUAUCCAUACGCUGCCCUGGAAUUGCUGACACUGUUACUAUGUUUCCAUUUUCAUGACCUAAAAACUUUGUAACAUGUGUAUGAAGCAUUCUGUGUGGCCCAUUACAAACUGCUUUCAUUUAAAGACUCUGCUGUAUUAAUUUGACAGCAAAAUUAUGAAAGUUCUUUCACAAUAUAUUUUUGUAUAUUUUUUUAAUGCUUACAUUUUGACUUAGAAUUCACAUUCAUGAGUAUAAACAAGAUUAUUCAUAAAAUACAGUACCUUAUUUCUUUGUGUGAGUCGGUGUACCACAUGAUAAAUAUGAUUUAGCCCCAAAUUCCUGUGAUAAGAUGGAUGGAUACAUAAUUGGUUCAAGUUUAUGUUGUGGCACAAAUAAUUUAGAGGACAUUAUACUGACAAUCUAACAAGUGGAAGUGUUGUCCUCAUUUUAUAAUAUUUUUUCUGUCUCAACGCAGUAGUGACAGUCCAAUUUUAUAUUGAAACUCUAAAGAAACACCAACAGUAAAAUGGAAAGAAUUCAUUAAAGAUUAUGAGGAAAUACUAUUUCAAUUUGAAUUAGCUUAAAUGUAAAAUAUAUCGCAGGUAUUCCUCGUUAUAAAACGCUCUUUCGGUAAAGAGCAAAUAUUUUGGACUUAAUAUUUGGCCAUAUUUAAAUUAUUUGUUACAUCUAUUAAAGUAAUCCAGAUUGUGUUGCUUGCUUGUGUUUUCUUACCCUUAUGUUGUCAGUCUGUUUAGCGUUGCACGGUUAGAUGUCUGUUUGAUUUGACCAUUUUCACAAAUUAACCAACAACUAAAGAAAGUUACUGUUGAGAUGCAAUAUAAUACAAGAUGGUUAUGAUAACAUAUGAUAGCAGUAUACAGAGAUGUUCAAAUAAGGGGUCUAGAAAAUAUGCCAACCUAAUAUAAAAAGUUAUAUUAAUCAAUUUCUAUACCAUUUUGAAACUUUAAGCAAACCACACUCCUUGUGUUGACACUAUCGCAGCUUUGUACUUUAGGCACAGUUGGGAUUUAUCAGAAAAUACAUCUGAAAUACUGACGGUACUAGUUAAAAAAACCCAUCUAGAAAUAAAAUUCAUAAAAAAAAAUGGAAUAAAAUAUAUUUGAGGGCUGGUGAUUGGAAUUUUAUAAACACCCCAUUAUCAAAUAUGAAUACUGUUAGAGUAUUUCAUAUUGCAUUUGCAUUGUCACUCAAGCGUGGAAGCCUGUUCUCAAGUGCACAUUUUUUUUUUUUUUUUUUUUUUAAUUUCUUACUUUUUUUAGCAUUGCUCAGGUACCAAGAAGUUUGUCACUUUAGAGCUCUCUCUGGAGAUUAAUUUUACCAACUGUAAAGGAAAAGAAAAAACAAUUUAAAAGGCCUAGCUCAGAGAAAUCUUACUUGAUUAAAAAAAAAAAAAAAGUGUGUGUGAGAUACAUACAUAUAUGUGUGUGUGUAUAUA